GAUCCAGUUUUUUCCUCCUGCUGCUUCUCUGCGCUUGUGGCAAGCUUCCAGCUCAGUAGUUCAUAAAAAUGGCUGUCACCGGGUUGACGUGUUUGUCAACUUUCCUCCUGCUGGCUGCGAUUGUGCUGCUCUCGGGACCGACUGUGAACGGAAAUACGCAUCUGGUGCAUCGGCGCUUCGAGUAUAAGUACUCCUUCAAACCCCCGUAUCUGGCGCAAAAGGAUGGAACCGUCCCGUUCUGGGAGUACGGUGGCAACGCAAUUGCCAGUUCGGAGAACGUUCGCAUAGCGCCGUCGCUCCGUAGCCAGAAGGGUGCCAUCUGGACCAAGCAGCGCACCAACUUCGACUGGUGGGAGGUGGACAUUGUGUUCCGCGUGUCCGGUCGGGGCCGUAUCGGUGCCGACGGGCUGGCCUUCUGGUACAGCACGGAGAAGGGCGACUACACCGGAGAGGUGUUCGGCUCGUCGGACCGCUGGGUCGGUUUGGGUCUCUUCUUCGAUUCGUUCGAUAACGAUAACAAACACAACAACCCGUACAUCUCGGCCGUGCUGAACGAUGGGACGAAACGGUUCGACCAUACCAACGAUGGAUCUACUCAGUUGCUGUCCGGUUGCUUGCGCGAUUUCCGUAACAAGCCAUUCCCGACGCGCGCCAAGAUUGAGUACUACAACAACAUCCUGACGGUGCUGUUCCACAAUGGAAUGACCAACAACGACCAGGACUACGAAAUGUGCUUCCGCGCGGAGAAUGUGGUGUUGCCGAAGACCGGUUACUUCGGUGUGUCCGCCGCCACUGGUGGACUGGCUGACGAUCACGAUGUCUUCCACUUCCUGACCACGUCGCUGCAUGUCCCCGGACAGAUCAAGGAGGAAGUUCCACAGGAUCAGGACCAGGCCAAGCUGACCCAGGAAUACCAGGACUAUCAGAAGAAGCUCGACCUGCAAAAAGAAGAAUACCAGAAGGAACAUCCCGAACUGCAGAAGGACGAUCUGGAGAAUUGGUUCGAAGAUUACAACGCUCGGGAGUUGAGACAGAUUUGGGAAGCACAAACGGCGACGCACGAUCAGCUGCGGACGCUCAACACGAAGCUGGACGAGGUGAUUGGCCGCCAGGAGCGAACACUCGGACUGCUCUCGGUUCAGGGCGGAGGAGGUGCGCCACCACCACAACCGGGAGGUGCACCCCAGAUCGCUUCCGGAAGCACCAUUCAGCGUCACGAAGUUGAUGCGCUGCUGCGCAAUCAGAACGUGCUGGUUCAAACGGUAACCGAGAUCCGUUCGAUUAUCGGUGAAGUAAAUACCCGAGCGGAUUCGAUUCUGAACAACCAGGCCCGCGCACCGACGGCUCAAAUCCAGGGCGGAGGAUAUGAUAUACAGAGCUUGAUGCACGAAAUGCGAGACGGUAUGAAUCAGGUCAAGCAGGGCAUGGCUGGAGUUACGCAAAGGCUUCAGCAGCCGAGCGCGCAAGCGAAUGUGCAAUGUCCGACGCAGACUUGUCUCGGCAUGACUACUUUCCUGGUAACGAUACUUAUCCACCUGUCAGUGAUAGUGGGUUACAACAUGUACAGAGACAGCAGGGACGCCCAAGCGAAGAAGUUCUACUAGAACGGAAAACCAACACUAGGCAAGCGCUAAGAUAAGGUCCUGCCUGAACGUGCAAGAUGUGCGUACCUACAGAGAUAGAGAGAGACUGUCCAUCCAACCAACCAACCAACCAACCAACAAACAAACAAAACAUACAACAAAUCAAUCUACCGUACACACUAUAAAAGCGUCAGUAUAAUGAAUUUAGGUUAAACAAUACGAUUGGAUUACGGAAAACAGACUCGCUCUGGCUGACACACUAUAAAAGAAGCUCGAAGAGUCAGCAAACCAUUAGGUGUUAGCACUGAUAAGGAAGGUACAAUUGUUUUAGUUGGUGAAGAAGAAAGUGUUGAGCUAUGAAUUCCGUUGCCUCGUUUGAUUUGCAUCUAAUUACUUAAAACAAUACAAUGCCGUGACAGAUUACUGCGUUGGAUGGAGUUUGAUUUUUGCUAAUCUAAAACAAUUCCUAGAUAGAUUUGGUUUUUGAUUUUUGUUGAGUGAGAUUUAGAGUAUCAAUGUUUUUAGUUUUCGUCGUAGCUACAAUUAAAGGACAAUUUAUUCGCAACCCUUUCCCUUGCAGUCGUCGUAUCGUAUCGAUCAGAUUUUAAUUUCCGCUUGAAUCAGAACUUUUCUCCGGAGCCGGAUGUUGAGUGUCAAAAGUCGUUUAGCAGCAAAGGUUAAUUUUUCGAUGGAUUAGUAAUGAACGUCGUCGGUGUAAAUGUGUAUUAUGUUUGUGCAUCUGUUUCACAAGAGCGAGAAUUAUUUAAAGUAAAAUAAACAAAGUUUAUUAAAAAAA